UCAUCUACCCAUUUGUUCUCUUCCCAACAACUACAGUAGUUUUACUAAUAUAAUAUGAAUUAGAUGGCAUACAUCAACCCUCCAAACACAAAAUCACACAAAGCUUAGCAGAAAGACACAUAUGGAUUCCAUCAACAUCUUCAAAGGGUAUGACAAAGUCCAUGCUCUCGAACAAGAUCAACCCCUCAACAGGAACAGCAAAACCGCCCGUAACCGUCUGAUUGUCAUCGCCGUCUCUUCGAUCGUCGUUUUAACGGUCAUUAUUGGUACGUUUGUCGGAGCCCUGAUACACGAGUCCCUCACCGAAGAUGAAUCCCUCGAGGAGUCCGCCAACUCGGCCCACUCACUCCGAGCCGUCUGCUCAGUGACUCAGUACCCCGACUCAUGCUUCACCACCAUAUCCUCCCUCAACCAUCCAUUAUCAUCAUCCAAGCCCGACCCGGAACUCAUCUUCAAUCUCUCUUUACAAGUCGCCGUCAACGAACUCACCCACCUCUCCAAAACCCUAAUCCCCAAAUCGAACGAUCCUGGGACCGAGUCGGCGUUGCGUGACUGUGUGGAUCUGUUUGGUGCCGCGCUGAGUCAACUCAACAGAUCGGCGGCAUCGAUGGGCGUGGGAUCGGCGGAGGAGAUGAUGACGGAGGUGAAGAUCAACGACAUGAAGACGUGGAUCAGUGCGGCGAUGACUGACGGGGAGACUUGCCUGGAUGGGUUGGAGGAGAUGGGAUCGACGGUCCUUGAUGAGGUGAGGAGUAAGGUGCAAAAGUCCAAGGAGUACAUGAGCAACAGCUUAGCAAUUCUCGCCAAUAUCGACACCCUUCUCCGGAAAUUUGAUCUCACCAUGCACUGAUCGGGAGUUGUCGGGUACUUGUAACACUUUUGAAUAUAUAAUAUAUUUAUUUUUAUUUAUGUAAUUUCUUUUUGGAAUGACCUGAAUAUCUAUGUUUUGUGUAAUUUUGAAUGUAUUAUUUGUUCAGUUUCUUGUUA